CCCUCCCUCAGUCAGUCAGUUGGUAUAGUCUCGAGAGUGAACAACUGCUCUACCGUGUGCCUGUGUAUGUGUGUUUGUUUGUGUGUAUGUGUGUGUGUGCGUGCGCGAGAGAGAGAGUGAGCGAGCGUCUAUAACUAUAAACUCAUCGAGAAGAGUAAAUAUAGUGCAUAGAUGGCUGCUCUACCUAUAUUACUCGAUAAUAUGCUAGGUUACGUCAACACGGUGUUCCUAAGUUACAGGGACAUUCCUGAAGAUACGAGGAAACACUACUUCGAGGGUCUGGUUCCACUGUUCAGAUGCCAAGGAUGUUCCAACAACUUCAGUGAUGAAUGCCAACCCAGGAACCUUUCGUGUGGCCACACACACUGUACUCCUUGCACAGAGACAUUGCUUGCAGGUGAAAAACCUUGCCCUGAAUGCUGUCAAAAACAUCAAAGAAGCACGGAUGGCGAACCACAGGUGAACUACCAACUAUUAAGAGUCAGUCGAUCUGUGGGAAUCAAAGAACUUAACAUUGGUGGUGUAAAGAAUACAGUUUUGUCUUCUGAUGUUUCCCAGUAUCACAAGGAAGACGUCGGGAAGUGCAUUGUCCACGACAGCCCCAAAGAGUUGUUCUGCCUCUCUUGCAGUUCGUGGGUUUGUGAAAACUGCAUAGUACUAGACCAUCCAACUCUCCCUAGGGGCUCCUGUAGGGUCAUCCAGCUUACAGAAGCCAUAGACAAAAUCAGAACAAAGUAUGAAGAGGUUGCUUCACAGGUCCUGAAGGAGAUCGAGACUAUGAAGGACGACUUCGAACUGGAAUUUGGAAUGCACGACCUCUGUCUCAAACACUGCACUCAGGAGAGAUCUCACCUGCGCUUGCUAGAAGAACUCAACCCUCUGUUGCUGGGCAAAAGGGAGGCAAAUGACGAGGAAGUGAGGAAGGCCAAAGGCCGUUUGAAAGAGUUGGCUGAUUCAUUUCGGGCCACAAAUGCUCCUGAGGAGAUGACGGUGCCUUGCAAAGGGCUUCUCGACUUCCAAGAGGAACUGAAGGCCAUUAUUACCCAGGAAAAAGAAAGGCUGACGUCACUACGUCCCAUAAUGGUGGAACAUUUCAGAAUGGAGAUCAAAAGGUUAGCCGAGGGAAGGGAACCACUUUAUGCAACGUUGCAAGAGAACGGAAGACACAGAUGGGCCCGUGUUGCUCUCAAAGACCAAACACUUUUGGUCUAUGCACUGAAUGAAGGAAAGCCACCUAGUGAUGGUGUUACGCUCCCAUACAAGUUCGUGGAGGCUUUGCUGGAAAAUCGCAAGAAGACGCUGUUUCUGGAACUGGAGGCAGACGGUGAGAACUUGCAAGGGAGGGUGUUCAUUCAAUUAGGGGGGGAGGGACCUCCGGAGAAGCAAAUGUUGCUGAUGUGCUCUGGGAAGAAGGGCGUCUCCUUCAGGAACACCAGAUUCUUCCGGGACGAAGAGGGGCAUUUGAGCGGGGGAGUUUACCACAAUGCCGAUGGCCCCAAGGGCGGGCCCAUUGUUCCAGACCUCACUGACUAUUGUGGGAACUUCGUGGCCACUGGGAUGAAGACUCUGGGAACAGUCGUGGGCUGCCAGACCUCCACCAAGUUCUACUUCGUCCUCGGGAGCAGUAAAGACCUCAUUAACGACGUUGUCGGCUUCGUAAAGCAAGGUCUCCACGUCAUAAAAGCUGCUGCUAAGCUGGAACCAGUUACGAAAUGCUACGUCAAAGACUGUGGAAUCUUGAUUCCAGUUCGGACAAUGACUGACAGUGAGAAGACAGUGACUGACAAUGAAAAUGAAUCUACCGAGUGAUUUUAUACUAACACAAUUCUCUAUACCUGUAUAACAUCUAUCUUCUUAUAUGUUUAUAUAAUUUGUACAGUUGUUCAGUAAUAUGCAAGAUGCCUGUGUAAGUAAAAUACUGUAUAUUUGUUUUUUACAUAACUGACAAACCAAUGGAUUGUCUCAGAUGUGAUAUUAGUCAUUAGAAUCUGUUACACGUCUCUCCAAUGGAGAGGAAUUUUCCAUAUAUAUAUAUAGUUUUUAUUGUUUUCACGGCUCUCUUAUUUUGUUGAUUUUGGCGAAUAAAUGAAUAAAUUGG